UGGCCCUUUAAAUACCGCGUGGGGAGACAGGGAGGCUUGGGGUUGUCGGACUCGUGAGUUUUCGAGGUGUUUUUGCUGUGCUCGGUGAGGGGACACCCAGAGACACACACCCCCCCACCCCCGACCCCCCGAUCGGGCUCACUCAGUCGCAUUCUCCUCCGCCUGUCUCCGCAUCGGACGCGAGGCUUACAGAGAACUAAAGAGGCUGAUUUCAAAAAUAUUUAAAACAAAGACAUCAGAACAAUAAUAAUAGCUAACAUUUGAGUGCUGUGCUAAGCAUGUUAAUUAAGAAUAAUCCUAUUUAAUCUUCAAGCAACCCUAUGAAGUGCUUUACCCACACUCAAGUGACGCAAAAUGCCCUUCAAUGGCGAGAAGCAGUGUGUGGGCGAGGACCAGCCAAGCGAUUCAGACUCUUCCCGGUUUUCCGAAAGCACAGCUUCACUCAGUGACUAUGAGUGCUCCAGGCAGAGCUUUACAAGUGACUCCUCCAGCAAAUCCAGCUCUCCUGCUUCAGCAAGCCCUCCCAGGGUUGUAACAUUUGAUGAAGUGAUGGCUGCAGCAAGGAACUUAUCAAACCUGACUCUUGCUCACGAAAUUGCUGUAAAUGAGAACUUUCAAUUGAAACAAGAUGCCCUCCCUGAAAAUAGCUUGGCAGGUCGAGUGAAGCACAUUGUCCACCAGGCCUUCUGGGACGUCUUAGAAUCAGAACUGAAUGCUGAGCCUCCCGAGUAUGAACACGCCAUCAAACUGUUUGAAGAAAUCAGAGAGAUUCUUCUCUCGUUUCUGAGUCCUGGUGGCAACCGGCUUCGCAACCAGAUCUGUGAAGUUUUGGACACAGACCUCAUUAGGCAGCAGGCUGAGCACAGUGCUGUGGACAUCCAGGGCCUGGCCAACUAUGUCAUCAGUACAAUGGCAAAGCUGUGUGCUCCUGUGCGAGAUGAUGACAUCAGAGAGCUAAAGGCCACAGGCAACAUCGUGGAGGUGCUGAGACAAAUAUUUCAUGUCCUGGACCUCAUGAAAAUGGACAUGGUCAAUUUUACAAUUAGGAGUCUAAGACCACAUCUUCAACGCCAGUUGGUGGAUUAUGAGAGAACCAAGUUCCAAGAAAUUUUAGAAGAAACUCCAAGUGCUCUUGAUCAAACUACAGAAUGGAUCAAAGAAUCUGUAGAUGAAGAAUUACUUUCUCUUUCUGAGACUGCUUUAACUCCUGGGGCCGAAAACAGCUCCAAGCCAAGCCUGAGCCCUACACUGGUGCUAAAUAACAGUUAUUUGAAACUGUUACAGUGGGAUUAUCAGAAAAAAGAAUUACCUGAGACACUCAUGACAGAUGGAGCACGUCUUCAGGAACUGACAGAAAAGCUGAAUCAAUUGAAAAUUAUUGCCUGCCUAUCCCUAAUUACCAACAACAUGGUGGGUGCUAUUACAGAAGGCCUCCCUGAGCUUGCAAACAGGUUUAAAAGGAUUUCAGCUGUUCUCCUUGAAGGCAUGAGCAAAGAGACCUUUAACUUGAAGGAAGUCCUGAAUUCUAUUGGUGUUCAGACUUGUGUUGAAGUUAACAAGACCCUGAUGGAGAGAGGUUUACCCACUUUAAAUGCUGAGAUUCAAGCUAAUCUCAUAGGUCAAUUUUCAAGCAUUGAAGACGAGGACAAUCCUGUCUGCUCUUUGAUUGAUAAACGAAUCCAACUAUACAUGAAAAGCCUACUCUGUCUUACAAGCCCUCAAAAAUGCAUGCCUCCCAUGCCAGGAGGCCUUGCAGUCAUUCAGCAGGAGCUAGAAGUACUAGGCUCUCAAUAUGCAAACAUUGUGAAUCUCAACAAGCAAGUGUAUGGACCAUUUUAUGCAAAUAUACUUCGAAAGCUGCUCUUCAGUGAGGAAGCCAUGGGGAAAGCGGACACUUCAUCUUCUACUAACUAAAGAGCAACUGACGUUGGAUAAGAGAUGGAAAUCCAGCACUUCGGUACCCAGUCUGUUUCCAUCGAUGGCAUUACAGGUGCGGCACAUCCUCAGUCCUUUCCGUGGUGCAGUGUUAGCCUGAAUCUGUGUAACCCAGUAAUAUUAGCAUUGCAGAAGACAUGCACAUCAUAUAGACCCUGUUCAUGCGUCAUUUUCAAGUUCAGAAGAGACUUUUUAAUGAACAGAAAGCAAUUUGUAAUUAAUUAUAUUACCUAUAUAAUACUUUUAAAUGUUUUCUUAAGCAUUUAUAUCUGACUUAUUCAUUCGACCCGUAAGGAGUUGUAUUUCCUCACUUGUCACUAUCAAAUCUAAUGAUUUUUAAUUUUGGUACAACUUCUUAAAGGGUUGAAAGUUGUGAGAAUAACCAAGGGGACUGAUGUUCUGAAUAAGGGAUGUGAAGUAAGCAUAAUUGUAUUUGAAAUAUACAAUUAAAUUUUAUUAAUGUGUAAUAGAAACUUACACAGUAAGUCCUCAGAUUCCACAGUUGUACCAAAUCACAUUUUACAAUACCACUUGUCAGUAUUUGUUUAGAAUUUAAAUUUAUUACCUACAUUUUAAAGCUAUAGACAAAUUU